GUAGCGGGCUGGAGCGUAUGAACUUACUAUCUACAACGGGCGGUUUGUGUGUUUAUGCCACCUGGGCUAUAAGCUGCAAACUGGGACACAAGGGUCAAAACGGUAACAGUAGCCAACGUCAACGAAAUGAGUCUUUCCUUAAGAACCGAACUAGCAUCUGAUAAGACGAAGAGGAAAAAGAGGAGAGAACUCACUGAUGAGCAAAAAGAUGAGAUAAAAGAAGCAUUCGAACUCUUUGACACGGACAAAGAUAAAGAAAUCGACUACCACGAACUUAAGGUAGCGAUGAGAGCUCUGGGUUUCGAGGUGAAGAAAGUUGAUGUGUUAAAGAUCCUGAAAGAUUACGACCGAGAAGGAAAUGGAAAAAUAACCUUCGAAGACUUUAAGGAAGUGGUGACCGACAGGAUCCUGGACCGUGACCCUAAAGAAGAGAUCCUGAAGGCAUUUAAGCUGUUUGACGAUGACGAGUCGGGGAAGAUUAGCCUGAGGAAUCUUCGACGUGUGGCCAGGGAGCUGGGCGAGGACAUGAGUGACGAGGAGCUCAGGGCCAUGAUCGACGAGUUUGACACGGACGGAGAUGGAGAGAUUAACCAGGAUGAGUUUAUCUCCAUUAUGACUGGGGACUCGUGAGGCUGGACAUUAACUUGGCAUAGCAGACUGAUGGUGCUCGACAAUGUUGCUGUUGCCAGGCAACCAAACUCUUAGAGCGCAUUUGUAUGAGUCACGCUGCAGCAGUUUGUGUGGCCCCUACACCAUCACCAGGGUUACUGUUUCCAUCGCUAGCCCUUCCCAACAAGGGAAAAGGACCAAUCAGAUACCACAGAGGUAACUCAUGGUAGCUAGUCUAGAAGACAUCUGUCUUCUACUCUGUCAGCAUCACAUGCUUUGUCCAUAUCAUCCUCAGCAGAGCAAAGCUCGAUCCAGAUAUGACUUUUAAAGGCAUGCAGCUUCCAUCAUAUGCACCAACAUCAUUUUGCAGCCACGAAAGCAGUGCUGAGCUUCAAAAUAAAAAACAACAUCGUAGCGUGUGUGUGGUCAGCUCUUAGGAUUUUGCAGUAAUGUGUUGAAAAGAUUAAUUCCCUCUAAGGGAAGUACUCAUUGUGGCCAGGAGAUUUCCAUCUUGUUGAAGCAUUAUUGAUGUUUGCUUUGUAUAUGUAUUUGGGAUUACCCGUGUCAACAUUAUUUUGGCAAGGUCAAGAUGAGUACUGCAUUCACAGCUCAUACAUUGUGGGUUCUGUACAACUACACUUCGAUGAAGAAAACUUGAAUUUUUUUAUACAGGAAUUUUCUAUUGUUCAAGUGUCCCAUUACGGUUUGUUUCAUGUAUGUAAUAAUAAAUAUAAGUAUCUGUCUGUGUUUCAAGA